GUGCAAUGUGGCGGUUUGGUUUAAAAUGCCUCUGAACAGCACUAAAUGUAAAAUGUAAAUGAAAAAAUAGUUUCAAGAUGGUCAGAACAAAGCAGGCCGCCAACAGGAACAACAACAAUCCUAAACACAAGUCCAAACAUGUUCCAGGCAAAAGUCUUGCAAAACCAGGGCCUUCCAAAUCCAGUCCUUCCAGACAGCACAGGUUUAGACCAGGAACCAGAGCACUUAUGGAAAUACGGCAUUACCAGAAAACUACAAAUUUAUUAUUAAGAAAAUUGCCAUUUGCAAGAGUUGUUCGGGAGAUAGCAGAAUAUUUUUAUGUAGGUGAACCACUGAGGUGGCAAGCAAUGGCUAUACUGGCAUUACAAGAGGCAUCCGAAGCUUUUCUCGUCCACCUGUUUGAGGACUCCAAUCUGUGCGCGAUUCACGCCAAAAGAGUGACUCUGAUGCAGAAAGACAUUCAGCUUGCCAGAAGAAUACGAGGACGAAAUAGGGACUGGUGAAACUUGAUGGAUCCAUGUUAUUAUUAGUUGGGUAUCAGUUCACCUGACUAGUUUUAAGCUGUAUCUCUUACCUAGUUUUUACGUCACCAUACAUUUGAAUAUGAAUAUGAGGCUCUGAACAUAUUUUAUGAUUUUUUUUUACCUGAAAUCCUCAGAUGUCUCUACAUUUCUUUUAUGUUUGUUAAGUGCUUCAUGCUUUCCAUGGUCACUCUUGAUUUUGUAUCCGGAAAAUAUUUUGCCAUCUAUGCACACUACAGUGCAAUGUCAUUAUGAGUUUUAACUUUUGAUUAAUUGGACAUCUAGGACAAAAUUUUUGGCAUUUUCUGUAAGUGGUGGAUAUCAGAAGGCUGGCAGCUUGAUUUCUUUCAUUGCAACCUGUGUGGCCUGAAUCUUGAAAUAGAGUUAAUCAAAUAUCAGACCAAACUGAUCUGAGGUCUGUUUCAUCCUUCCCAGCUUUGCUUUCAGGAAUACAGAUCUGUACUCUUCCAUUCACUAACCUGGAACUCAAUCUUUUCCAGUGUGCUAUCCUCAAUAUGCAAAGCUGUACGCUACAAAAAACAAACUUCAUGUUACAUUGUUAUUGGUGAUUAAUAAAGACUAUAACAUCAAAGUAAGCAUGAGUGGGACUGGUGCAUUGACAGCCAAUAAAAUCAUUGAAAAGGGUGAUGGACAAAGUGUUUGGGAGUCUUUUAAUAUUGUUUUGAUCAUGAAUGGAGAAAACUACAAGCGACUGGUAAAAAGAUGAUUAUCUUAAUUUUGGGAAGAGUCAACCUUAGCAACAUGUGAUUGGAAAAUGGUGGUUUGCGACGUUCACAUGCUGUUUGACUUAAUGCCAUGGUUACAUCGGUUAUAUUUGUGGUAUUUGCAAAGCUAUAGUAUUUAUUAUUCAGAGAUACUGAGGUGAUAUGAAGUCACGAGGACUUGAAUUACAAGGGAAACCAGUUUGUUUGGAGUACAGUACAAAGUGCUGAGUUCCAGGGGCUGAUUCCACAGAUCCAUUUCUGACUUGUCAAAAUUUAAAACCUCUUUACAAUGCUUAGUUUUUGGUGCUGGAAGUAGAAAUGUGGACGCUUUUGUCUUUAGCUAAUACUGAUGAGGUGCACAAAAUUUUAAUUUCUUAAGCGGACAGUUAAGCUUUAUGAUUCUAUUUCAAUUUUUGACUUAAGUCAGAAAUGGCUUUGUGGAAUGGGCCCUAGGUUAGUGAAUGUGACAGUGCAGAGCGGUUAUUGUGGAAGCUAAGCUAUUAACAUGGCCAGCCAAUCUCCAAGCUAAUCAAACCUUACUCUAAACAUUACUUGCUCAAAAGUUUUUUGUUCAUUUUUAACAAGUUUUAUUCAGUAACAGUGACAGCGUGAAAUAUUAUCUGCCAAGAACAACACUGUUGGUGUACAAUAUUGAACAUGUUAUGUAGUAAAUAGUACAGUAUUAUUCAUGUUGUGUGUUUUAUUUUAGUAUUCCUGUUUAAUACUUGUAAAUUUUUAGACUUUUAUAAUAAAGACUGAAUUAAUGAUA